GUACACGAGUAAGCAUACACAAUCACACUGCAGUUACAGGCAGUGGGGGCAAAUGAAAUCGUUUGUGUUCUCAUAGCUAGACAUAGCUGUCGGAUAUGGGGUUUAUGAUCGUUAUAUAGCGGGUGCACGUCUUCACCGGUUAGUGUCGUGUUGACGGACCUGUAAAUGCAGCAUCUCCGCAGGGAAGCGUUUGAUCAGUGAAGCUAUCAGUGGUAAAUUACACCCCACCAAACCAGCCAUGGCCUCUGAUAUCAACUAUCAGGACGGUCCAAACUUUGCUAGAAGAAGUGAGAGCCCUGAUGAGGAUGAGCCUAUUGGUUCACCCGGAUCUCCACGGCACCCCGAAUAUGAACGAAUCGGAGGCAGAGCAGGAUCCUCUUUUUUUCAGACAUUAAUUCAUUUACUGAAAGGAAAUAUUGGCACUGGACUGCUCGGCUUGCCUUUGGCUGUCAAGAAUGCUGGACUCCUGGUGGGGCCUUUAAGUCUUCUGGCCAUGGGCAUAGUGGCAGUACAUUGCAUGAACCUACUUGUGAAAUGUGCACAUCAUCUAAGUGCAAAGCUGGGAAAACCCUUUCUAUCAUAUGGAGAUGCAGUAGAGUAUGGUAUGGAGAAUGUACCAUGGCUAAGCAGACAUUCGGCAUGGGGAAGACGUGUGGUGAAUUUGUUCCUCAACAUAACCCAGCUGGGAUUCUGCUGUGUGUACUUUGUGUUCCUCAGUGAAAAUGUCAAACAGGUGGUUGAGACUGCCAAUGGGACCACUGUGAACUGUCACACCAAUGAGACAGGAGUGAUGAUCCCCAGCUAUGAUUCUCGCCUUUACAUGGUCUUCUUUCUGCCCUUUAUCAUUGUUUUGGUGUUUAUCCGCAACCUCAAAUACUUGGCGCCUCUUUCCUUUUUUGCAAACAUUUCCAUGUGUGCCAGCCUGGUCUUCAUAUACUACUACUGCUUAACGAAUAUUCCAUAUCCGAUUGAUCUUCCAUUGGCUGGAAGAGGAGUCGAUUAUCCUCUCUUCUUUGGAACAGCAAUAUUCGCCUUUGAGGGAAUUGGAGUUGUUUUACCACUUGAGAAUAAGAUGCAGAAUCCCAAAAAAUUCACCAUGGUUCUUUAUCUCGGCAUGGGUAUUGUCACCGUCCUCUACAUCACUAUGGGCACCAUUGGUUACAUCGGCUUUGGAGAGAACAUUCGGGGCAGCAUCACGUUAAAUUUACCUUUGUGUUGGCUAUAUCAGACCGUGAAGCUGCUUUACUCAUUUGGAAUCUACAUCACCUACGCGCUGCAGUUCUACGUCUCAGCGGAAAUCCUGAUCCCGCCGGCACAGGCGCGGUGCAGCACCAGGUGGGCGCUGGCGGUGGACCUCAGCAUCCGUGUGGCCCUCGUAUGCCUCACAUGUGCUCUUGCCAUAUUGAUUCCAGAGCUUGACCUCGUGAUCUCGCUGGUGGGAUCUGUGAGCAGCAGCGCUUUGGCCCUCAUCUUUCCACCUUUGCUUCAAAUCAUCACCUUUCAUAAUGAAGGCAUGACUCCAUUGGUAAUGGCCAAAGAUGUGGGAAUCAGCGUCAUUGGUCUGGUGGGUUUCGUGGCAGGGACCUACAUCUCCAUUCAGGAGAUUAUCACACGCAACAGUGCUGGACGCAACAGCACACACCUUCAGCUCAUGUGAAUGUUGAACCACAGUCAUUACUCUUUAUAUACUGUAGCGAGUUCUGCUUGGGAUUAUUUUUGCUGACCAUCUGUUGAUGUUUUUUGUUUGUUUUUAUAGCACUGCAUUUCUUCGCUAUGAGUGUGGCGAGUUUUUUUUACUUUUUGUUUUAGAAGUACCUUCUUUUACUCAAACAUGGCCAUUUCUCCAAAUGUUAAAGAGACACUGCGCUUUUUUUGAAAAUAGGCUAAUUUUCCAGCCCCUCUAGUGUUUAACAUUUGAUUUUUACCAUUUUGGAAUCCAUUCAGCUGAUCUUCGGGUCUGGCGCUACCACGUUUAGCAUAGCUUAGCAUAAUCCAUUGAAUCUGAUUAGACCAUUAGCAUCAUGCUAAAAAAUAACCAAAGAGUUUCUAUAUUUUUCCUAUUUAAAACUUGACUCUUCUGUAGUUACAUCACGUACUAAGACCGACAUAUAAAAUUAAAAGUUGCGAUUUUCUAGGCCGAUAUGGUUAGGAACUUUACUCUCAUUUUGGCGUAAUAAUCGAGGACUUUGCUGCCGUGCCAUGGCAAUAUAAAAUAGUCCCCUGCUAUUAAAAGUAACUGCGUCGGUCUUAGUACAUGAUGUAACUACAGAACAGUCAAGUUUUAAAUAGGAAAAAUAUUGAAACUCUUUGGUUAUUU